AUGACAAGCUCAAAUACCAGUCAACGACGUUUAUUUAAAGAUUUACAAAAAAUUCGUACGGAAGAAUUACAAGGUAUUAAUGCAAUACCUGUCGACGAUGAUAUGCGUGUUUGGAAUGCAUUAAUUGAUGGACCAGUUGAUACAUGUUAUGAAGAUGGAUUAUAUACGUUAAGAAUGGAAUUUUCAGAUACUUAUCCAUUAACACCACCUAUUGUUCGAUUUACAUGUAAAAUGUUUCAUCCGAAUGUCUAUGCUGAUGGUAGUAUAUGUUUGGAUAUUUUACAACGUAAUUGGAGUCCAACUUAUGAUGUUUGUGCUAUACUUACAUCAAUACGUUCAUUAUUAAAUGAUCCAAAUCCAAAUUCACCAGCUAAUAAUGAAGCAGCAAAAUUAUUUUUGGAAAAUCGUCGAUUAUAUGAAUCGAAAGUACGUAAAUUAGUUGAAGAAUCUAUUAUGGCUGAUCAAAUUCAUAAUGAUUUAAAAAUUACCGAUGAUUCAAUACAAACAAAUGAUAAAUCUGAAAUUGAAACAACACCUAAUGAAUGA